AAGCAUAAUUACUGUUUAUAUAGUUCAUUAUAAUAUGUUUUAUAACCCACAUUAUCUCUUUGAUAUUCACCAAUAUUCUGCGAGGUGGGUAUUACUAUGGCCGUUUUGUAGAUGUGGAACUGACACAUAAGCAAUAAAAUGGCUUGUCCAAGGUCACACAGCCAGUAAAUGGCUAAACUGCAACUUAGCCUGAGCCUUUCAAUAGUCCUAGGCUCUUUCAACUACACCACACUCUUCUUCAAAGUGUCAGCAGUCUUUCACUUUAUAGCAAGAAUUUCCCAGAACAUGUCUGGCUGAUUGACUCAGACUGUAAUAAGUAGGCAACUAUUUUCUUAAACUGCGUUUUGUGCUUCUGUGUCUGGAACAGUUUUGAUCUUCUGUAUCCUGCAGUUGUCAAGAUGAGGGAGUUUCUUGUUUUAACUUUAAGUAUCUAAACUCCUGCAUAAAUAAAGCCUUCAACAGCUCACAUCUCAGGAACUAUCAAAAGGAAGCUAAGGGCUUGCUUUUUCUGACAGAAUCAUUAUAUACAUUAUUAAAUUGUAGAACACCCAUUUUGAGCAACAGUUUUGUAAGAAAAUAUCAGCACCAAAUUCUAUCACUCCUUAAAACUGCUGCUUAUGAAAAAAAUGUCACGAGAUAUUUGAAUUUUGUAAUCACACAAGAUGGAGGUCUGUAAUACCCAUUAUUUGGGUGAUAAUUUGAUACCCAUUAGAAUUGUUGAUUAGGUUCAAACCCAAGAUUUAGUACCUAUAGGUUGCUGAUUCUGUCUUGAACUCACACAGCAAUCAAUAUGAAGACUGAAUAAUGCUAACAUUUAGAUCUAUUUUGGAUUGUGAAGGUUUCUGUUUGUGAUUUUAGAACGCCUUGGCAUGAGAUCAAAGCACCACUCUUGUACUCUCCCUUGGGCUAAAGGAUUUUCAGUAGCCAGGGCUUCUGGUCUGACUUCCGACUAUCAGCUUUUAUACCUCUAGAUUACAACUUGUCCUCACAAGUAAAGCAGUAUUUGAUCAGUGGCAAGGUAUGUGAGGAUAAAACAGGUUGAUUUCGGAUUGUUUUCCUCUUCAGUUCAGUGAAAAGCAAAAGCAAUAGAGUGCAGAAGUAGCACUUGUGUCUCAAAGCAAGGAGGAGCUUGCAAGACAAAACAAGGACAAAGACUGAUACACCUUUAAGGUAAAAAUCAAAGAAAAGAAUUGAAGAUCAUAUUCGUCAUCUUUCAAGCACUAUGUCUCGUCCUGCACACAGAAGACCAGAAUACCGUAAAAUAAACAAAGAUCUCUUUGUCCUCACCUAUGGAGCUCUUGUUGCUCAGUUGUGUAAGGAUUAUGAAAAAGAUGAAGAUGUGAAUAAAUAUUUAGAUAAAAUGGGAUAUGGCAUUGGAACACGGCUGGUGGAAGACUUUUUAGCUCGAUCUUGCGUGAGAAGAUGCCAUAGUUACUCAGAAAUUACAGACAUAAUUGCCCAGGUUGCUUUCAAGAUGUACUUGGGAGUUACACCAAGUGUGACCUGUAAUAAUUCAAGCAGAAAUGAAUUUUCCCUGAUUCUAGACAAGAAUCCUCUGGUGGAGUUUGUGGAGGAGCUCCCUGCUGGGCGAUCUUCUCUGUGCUACUGCAAUUUACUUUGUGGCAUUAUCAGAGGUGCCCUGGAAAUGGUUCAUUUGGCUGCUGAUGUUACAUUUUUGCAAGACAGACUAAAAGGUGACCGCAUUACAGAAAUAGGAAUAACAUUUCUGAAAAAGCUAGAUGAGAAAAAAUAUAGACGGAAAAAAUGAAGAAUAACAUGCAAAAUGCCACAGGGUGGCUAGUUGAGGAGUUAAUAUUAGUGAAACACAUAUAGCUAAAGAAAUUUUAAAUUGUUUAAUAGCAUGGACUUUAAAAGGCUUAUAAGUCAGCUAGAAAUAUGAAAUGCAGGGCAGUAGGAUUUAAAGCUGUUAUUUUUCUUUGCUCGUAAAUCACACAUUUUUUAUCUCAUGUCCACAGGACUUCAUAUAUAAAUAACUCCUUAUAAGUAUAGCAAACAUGAAUUCCACAUAUUACAUAACAAUUUUAAAAAUAGCGUUUAAUUUUAAUUCAUUUAAUUUUCAGGUAGCUAGUUUUAACCAAAUUUCUUCCUUCUCUCAUGAUAUACUGCUGAUGAUCAAGUGGAAAUCUCUAAAACAAAUAGUAAAUAAUGAUUUUUGAGAGUACUUUCUUAACGCCAAACUUAGGCAGUUAGAAUUUUUGCUAUCAUUUUUAUCCCCUAAAAAUCUUAGAAAAUUUAUUUUGUUUGUGACUAGAACAUAUUUAAAAUUCAAAAUGUAUUGGAUUGAAUAAAACACAGUAAUCUUUACCAGAUCAUUGGCACACAGGGGCAGCCAGCAGUCCAGAAUCUACUGGGCUCUACAGAGAACUCAAAUUACAAGUAAAAGUUACAGCUAGUCUGGCACAUCAGUUAAAACCGGCUUAAGCGGUAUGGUAGCAGUAGAGCUCAGCUGGGAUUCAGGAGCCUGAAGACACAGUCCCUGCUCUACUUGCAGCAGCUUCAGCUGAUCCUGACUAUUGUCUGAGCUUGGGCAAGGCACCGAAACUCUCAACAUUCUCUCUCUCUCUCUCUCCUCUCUCUCUUUCUCUCACAUCUGUAAAACGACAAGAUUGGACAUGAUAAAUAUCUAACAUUAUAGCCAUGAGUUCAAAUGACAUCAGUAACCACUGAAAUCUCACAUUUUUGGACUUUAGAAGACUAUGGGAAAUUAGUUUAUUCCCCACCUACCCAGCUGUCUCUUCAACAGGACAUUGAGGUAGGCAUUAAGGACCAAAUAUGGUGACAGGGGCAGCUGCGGCAUCCAUGAAAGAACUUCAAGCCAGUUCCACAGAAGACCAGGAGUAAAUCGGGAAGAAGAAUAUUAUCUGAUACCAGAAGGGAUAUCACAAUGCCAUGCAUUUUAAACUUAUGCCUCUGGAAGAAUGUUUGUCUACAAUGUAUCCCAAAGCUUCUUUUCAAGAUGUUUCCCUCUUUUUCUCAAUUUCCUGCUCCUUUACAGUACACUCACCCCUCCAGGAACCCAAGAUAUUAAUGUCUAAGGGCCUCGCUCUUAAAUCAGCACCCGACUGGCCCUCUUGAAAAUGUCCCUGGAGUAUUUCAUGCCUGGUAAUGCCUUCCUGUCCUCUCUCCCUCAAGCCAGCCAUCACAACUCCCUUGGCUCAGUGUCUUCAUUACCCACCCCCUGAGGCAUCUGCAACUAUUACUCUUAAUGAUACUGAGUUUUAGAACUGAUGAUUGCUUUAGUAUGAGCUUUUUUCCUCCACCCAUUUUUUUCCUCACCUUAAAGAGGGAGGCUACUCUCUGGGCAUUGAAUUUAUACAAUGGAAGGUGAUCUGUAUAUCCAAGAGUCUUGUUUGCACAGCAGUCCCCCCUUACCUGUGAGGGUAUGUUCCCAGAGACUCAGUGGAUGCCUGAAACCACAGACAGUAUUGAACUGUAUAUAUACCAUGUUUUUCCCUAUAUACCUAUGACAAAGUUUGAUUUAUAAAUAAGGCAGAGUAGGAGAUUAACAAUAACAAAAUAGAACAAUUAUAAAAAUAUACUGUAAUAAACGUUCUGUGAAUGUGAUUUCUCUCUCUCAAAAUCUCUCAUUGUACUGUACUUACCCUCCUUGUGAUGAUGUGAGAUGAUGAAGUGCCUACAUGAUGAGUCGAAGUGAGGUGGAUGACACAGAGUUAGGCUACCAUUGGCCUUCUGAUGGUAUGUCAGGAGGAUCAUCUCCUUCUGGACUGUGGAUGACCACAGGUCACAGAAACCACAGAUAGCAAAAUUGAAGAUAAGGGACUAUUGUAUUCAGUAGGCACUCCAUCCUAAAGAAUGUGACAAUCUAGAAAGUCCUGUUCAUUAGAAUGACAGCCACAUCUAUAUCUUUUCUAAAAGCCACAUUUAAAAAUAAAAAGGAGGUAACACUAAUUUUAUUAAUGUAUUUCAGUUAGACUAAUUAUCCAAAAUAUUAUUUCAACCUUUAGUCAUUUAAUGAGACAUUGUCCAUUCUUUUUUUAAUACUAUGUCUUGAAAUGCUAGUGUGUAUUUUAUAUUUUUAGUACAUCUCAAUUCAGUGCUAAAAUUUUCAAAGCUUACAGUGAGGUGUA